AUGGCGGAGAAGGAAGAACAUCCAGAUACAAAGAUAACCCUUAAUAUCAAGUCGACUAAACAGAAACUAGACAUUGAGAUACAGCCUUCACAAACUGUAAAAGAAUUGAAGGAUAAUUUGAAGGAGAAACUACAAGAUGGUAUUACAGGAGAGCUAUGCUUAAUAUUUGCUGGCAAAAUUUUAAAAGAUGAAGACACACUGAAUCUCAUAGGUAUUCUCUCUAAUCCCGAUGCACUGCAGUCUCUGUUGACUUCAAAUCCUCAAAUACAACAGUUAAUGGAGAGUCUACCAGGAGGAUUUAAUGCUUUGGCAAGGAUGUAUUCUGAAAUCCAGGAACCAAUGAUGGAUGCAGCACAAGAGUCUAGGUACUCAACUAGUGGUGGUAGCGAGAGUAGUAAUAACAGUGGAGAGGAGGAGGAGGAGGAGGACAGUCUGAUUUUGGUUCUAUGA